AUGUCGGCCAUCAGUUCUAUCAUGACAGGCUCGGGCCCCUCGCCUUUUUCAGCGUCGAGAGGCCCUGUUCGUUCUAGUUUGAUUAAGGUUGAUUCGGAUGAAACCCACUCGCACCUGCAAGUGGCACUACGAAACGCGUUUGACGUCAUCUGCCUAUUCCGCUGUAUCGCCCCUGCUGAUGGGGAUAAAGCCGCUCUGCGGGGAGCAUCCUCACCCGUUGAUUGGUCCACAGUUCAGAAGCGGUCUAAGAAUCACAUUGAAUGA